AUGCCGGCCAUGCUAGAUGAUCCGGCGAGCCCCACAAUCUACCGCGUCUCCGGGGCGCCGCCGUAUCCGGACCCGAACAAGCCCGAACUACCGGCCGACAUCGUCCCCCGUCAAGUGACGCUCAGGGACCGCCAGACCGUCGCGACAAUCAUCCCAUUCGCCUCCCGCCAUGAAGUGCCCCAAUCCCUCGUCCGCUACCUCAGCGACCAGCUCAACAAGGAAAUCGAGGGCGGCGACACCUACCCGAUGACUGACCCCAUGCCCGCAGACAAGUUCGGCGCCUACUGGUUCCAGAACUUCGGCGCCAUCAUGCUCCUCGGCAACAUCGAGCGCUCCGACCUCUCCGACGACAUGGACUGGUCCCGCGAGUGUCUCGGCAGCGUCUACAUCAAGCCAAACUACCCGGGUCGCAGCAGCCACGUGUGCAACGCCGGUUUUCUAGUCACCGACGCCUCGCGAAACCGCGGCGUGGGCCGCCUCAUGGGCGAGUGCUACAUCGACUGGGCGCCGAAGCUGGGGUACACGUACUCGGUGUUCAACCUCGUGUACGAGACCAACGUAGCGUCGUGCAAGAUUUGGGACGCGCUGGGCUUCAAGCGCAUCGGCCGCGUCAAGGGCUGCGGCAACCUCAAGUCGCACCCCGGCCAGCUCAUCGACGCCAUCAUAUACGGGCGCGACCUCGUACCCGGCGAGACCGAGGAACUCGUGAGUGAAGAGCGUUUCGACAAGAUCAAGUUCUACCUCAAGUACGGCAAGUACCCGGCCGGGGCUGACCGCGCCGAGAAAUCCAGGCUCCGCAGCGCCGCGACGCACUAUAAACUCCUCGACGGCGACCGGUUGAUGCUCAAGGACAAGGAGGUCGUCCCGGACCCGCGCCGCCAGUACGAGAUCGCCCGCGAGGUCCACGUCGCCCAGCACGGCGGCAUCAACAAGACCACGGCCACCAUCGCCGAAAAGUACCACUGGAGCCGCAUCAAGGAGACCGUCAGCGAUGUCAUCCGCAACUGCACCGAGUGUAAGGAGCUGGGGAAGAUGCCUGCGCCUGGCGGGAACGGAGGUGCGAGGGGUAGGGCGGCUGCGGCUGCUGCUGCUGCUGCUGCUGCCGCCGCCGCCGCCGCCGCUUCGUCCUCGAAUAAAAGCAAUGCUGCUAUUUCAAACAAUUCUCUUUCGAAUCACUCGUUAUCGAAUAAUUCUUCAACGUCGACACCGCCCGCCACAAACGUCGACACCACUACCAGCCCUGUUCUUGCACUUCAAUCCCAUCAUCUCCCGUCACUUUCUUCACCGCGGUCCUCGCCGUAUACAGAGGUCGCAUCAAUACCACCGUCACACACUCUCCGAGACCCUUCAGCCUCCCCGUUACCCCGGCAUCCACAUCAUAAUCCCAUGUUACAAGACGAAUCAUAUCAGCCCAUCGACCCUCAAAUUAUCGGACCCGCAACAACUACUCACGACCCUUACAACCACUAUCACCCGCACCACACAGACUUCCAAGCCUUGUUGAACGCGACGGAGGCGGAGGAGACGCCGGAGGAGGCAGCUGCCGUGGACCGAGACCUGGACAUGUUGAUAGAGCAAGGGGACGAGGAGGAAGAGGAUGUCGACGAGCCGAUGGUGGAUAAAGAGAGAGACAAAGAAAUGUACGCCAUGGGGUACUCUGGAACAUGA